AUGUUCACUGAGAUGAGAGAAGCGCUGGGGAUCGACCGCUCAAUCGAUAUCCUCCAGCACAUCCGGGAUCUACCAGUAGCCGAGCAGCCUACAGCGGUAUCCAAGAUCCAGGAUGUGGAGCGUCGAGCAAUGGCAGACCAGCAGCCACAGCCUGGUCUUGUCCGACUGAUGGAGUAUCUCGAGUCACGCGGACUCCGCCGGGCCCUCUGCACGCGCAACUUUGAGACACCUGUCAAGAAUCUUCUUGACAAUCAUCUUUCUGCCCAUGUAUUCCUGCCAAUUAUUACACGGGAUACGCCCAAUCUGCUGCCCAAGCCUGACCCUGCCGGUAUCUUGCAUAUUGCAAGUGAGUGGGGACUGGGUAAUGCGGAGAACAUGAUUAUGGUCGGUGAUAGUAUUGAUGAUAUGACUUCUGGUCACAUGGCUGGUGCUGCGACGGUGCUGCUUGUGAACGAGAGAAAUGGGCAUUUGGGGGAACACCCGCACACGGAUCUCUGCAUUUCGCAGCUGGAUGAUUUGGUGGGAAUUCUGGAGGAGGGAUUCCUCGGAACGAGGGAAAAUGAGGUAGAGUGA